AUGGCCUUUCAAGUCCCGAUCCCUCGGCCGGUGAGGAUAACCCGUCGUCGACUCUUGAGCCACAUUUCAUCGCUGACUUCCGCAUCGCACCAACAGAAUGUCGCUGCCGCGACGUCCGAUCUCUGGCCUACGAUGUCGAGCUUCUUGGCCGCGCCUUACAAGCAGGCCGGCCGAACUUCCGCGGCCAACGCGGGCGAGACUGCCCAGCGGAAACCCAGUCGGAAAGAGAAUGCGACGGUAUCUUCCCGCGCGUCGUUGCCCGACUGCCUCGACACCGUCUCCCUUGAAGCUUUGAAAGCGAAGGUUCUCGAGCGGCCCGCGCAAUACGGAUGGUCAUCGUCAAGAGGAGGCAACACGCUUUGGACUUCCUCGACGUUCGCACAAGCCCGUGGGCCUUCCCUUCCGAAUGCUCGUUCCUUCUCAACUCUCACACCCUUCGGUCUCCACCCUCUACGACCGGCACCGAAGGUCAGGGGACUCUCGAAGAUCCAGCAACAACGAUUUCUGUUUGGAGGAGUGUCGCAGAAUAUCCUGGCCCAGAAGGAGAAGACCGCGAACAACAACCCGAACAGCGCAACUGCCCAGAAUGCAUUCUACCAGGCACUUCUGCGCGCUAACAUGCCUGCGAUCGUGGUCGAGAGAUACCGAAGCGGCCAGUUUGCCAGCAACCCGUCGUCCGAAGCAACCUACAUCAAGGCCCUGCAGCGUGUGGGUGGCGUAGAAUCGGCGGCCGUGGCAGGACAGAACCAAAAUCUCGGCCCUGACCAGCUCCAGGCCGUUGGACAGGCAGUUGCAGCACGGAACUACGGCGGUCAGAUUGGGAUGGCCACUAAGCAAAACGGCACCGGUGCCAAGGAGGCGCCACUCUACGUUGUGGUGGAGGAGUCUCUGGGUAGCACGGUGUUCCGAUGGGUAAAGUUUUUGCUCUACUUCGGCUUUUUUACCUACAUGUCUCUCGUCAUGGUCACCAUUCUGGUCGAAACCACCGGCGUGAUGAAGAACAUCCGAGGUUCGCAGAACAACGAGGCACAGCCCCAGCAGCAAACGGUCCGGUUCACCGAUGUGCACGGUUGCGAUGAGGCCAAGGAUGAACUUCAGGAGCUGGUCGAGUUCCUUCUCAACCCCGAACGCUUCUCGUCUCUCGGUGGCAAAUUGCCCAAGGGCGUCCUCCUGGUCGGUCCUCCCGGUACGGGUAAGACCCUGCUCGCGCGUGCCGUUGCUGGAGAAGCUGGCGUUCCAUUCUUCUACAUGUCCGGAUCCGAGUUCGACGAGGUUUACGUGGGUGUUGGUGCCAAGCGGGUGCGUGAACUUUUCAAUCAAGCCCGUGGCAAGGCUCCGGCGAUUAUCUUCAUCGACGAGCUGGACGCGAUUGGUGCGAAGCGAAAUGAGCGCGAUGCUGCAUACGUGAAGCAGACUCUCAACCAGCUGCUGACCGAACUGGAUGGAUUCUCUCAAACUAACGGAGUCAUCAUCAUCGGUGCCACCAACUAUCCCCAGUUGCUGGACAAAGCGCUUACUCGACCUGGUCGGUUCGACCGCAGGGUCGUGGUCGGCCUGCCGGACGUCCGCGGCCGCAUGGACAUCUUGAAACACCACAUGAAGGAGGUACAGAUCAGUACUGAUGUCGACGUCGCCGUUAUUGCUCGCGGCACGCCUGGCUUCUCCGGUGCUGAUUUGGAGAACCUGGUCAACCAAGCUGCAAUCCGCGCCAGCCGUGACCGCAAGCCCAAGGUCGGCCCGCUGGACUUCGACUGGGCCAAGGAUAAGAUCAUGAUGGGUGCCGAGGCUCGCAGCCGCAUCAUCCAGGACAAAGACAAGCUCUUGACGGCGUACCACGAGGCUGGCCACGCGCUGGUUGCUUACUUCUCGCCUUCUGCGACGCCGUUGUACAAGAUCACCAUUGUGCCUCGCGGCAUGGCCCUAGGUGUGACUCACUUCCUUCCGGAGAUGGACAUGGUCUCGAGGAACUACAUGGAGUACCUGUCGGACAUUGAUGUUUCGAUGGGCGGCAAGGCAGCCGAGGAACUGAUCUUCGGACCGGACAACGUCACCAGUGGCAUUUCAGCGGAUAUCCAACAAGCAACCGAAACGGCAUUCACACUGAUCACUCGCUUCGGCUACUCCAAAAAACUGGGCAACGUUGAUCUCUCAAGCAACUACGAACGCCUCUCAUCUGAGACCAAGCAGGAGAUCGAAAGCGAAGUGCGCCGCCUCGUCGAGGAAGCCCGCGCCCGCGCCCAGAAGAUUCUGACCGAGAAGCGCAGCGAACUUGAGCUCCUCACCAAGGCGCUGAUUGAGUAUGAGACCCUCACGAGGGAGGAGAUGGAGAAAGUUUUGAAAGGCGAGAAAAUCGACAAACUCAGAUCAAACCCCAAGGCUCCGCUGAAGCUGCCUGAUGCCCUGCUCGAUGCGAACCUGGGUCCGUCUUCCGCUGGUGCUGGGAAUCCGCCUCCCGCAGCGGAGUAA